AAGAAGGUGUUGGAAGUAGUAGUUGCUUUGACAUUCAACGUUUUGUUGUUGGACUUCUUCUUCAUCAAUCAGGCAUUUUGUUCAAAAUUGCAAUGUCUACGCCAACAUCUGAAGCCUACGAGUGGUUCUGUUGUGGGGAUUGUGAUAACAAGCUUGCUCCUUUUAAUGGUCUCGUUAAGGAACUUGUUUCACAAUGCAAUAGCGAAAGUAGUUGGCUCCUCUUUCGUGAAAACGCUGGCUUGAAUGUGAAGUUUAAAGGAAGAAAGGCAAUUAAUCUACCUCCAGCUAGUAUUACGUCCAUUCAGGUUACAGAUGAAGGUCGGAUAUCUCAUACUGAUGUGGCCAAUAUCCACUGUUCUAAAUGUGAAGGUCAUGUUGGGUGGAAAAUUAUUCACGAGCACAACGAUGACCCAAUAAUCCAUAAAGGUCAAUUCAUACUGCAUAAUUCUUUUGGGGGAGGCAGACUUUCUCUCAAGUUAUAAAAUGGAUGGACAAAAAUAUGGCAGAUGGAUCUACCAAUUAAUCAGAUUUCUGAUUCUGUUUGUUUUCCUAUCAUGGCUGUAGAUGUAGGUACCAAGUCCGAAUGGGAUGCUGCUGUUGAGAAGUGUUAUAAUUGAUUGGAUUCAUUUCUUUUCCUAUAGAAUUCUUCUAUCCAAUGUUGAGUGAAAAAUUGUGAUAGCUUUACUACUGUUC